GCGUAGCGCGUACACGCCAUUGUACUGCUUUACGUUUGCGUUAUUUCGUAACAAAUUUGUAACAAUACUCAGCUGUUUCGUGUAACUGUCGUGUUGUGUGGAACCGUAUUGUUGUUUAGUGUUGUUUCAGUAAUGAUCAAGAUGAGAAGGAUUUGUCACCUCAUAUUUCGCCUGCUGUUUUUACUUGAUGGUGGCGUGUGGUCUUUAAGAAACUUGUCAAUUUCGGUCCCACGUGCAGUCCUGUCUGGCGAAGGUCAGUCGGCGGUCCUACAAUGCUCUUAUGAUCUGGAGGGCGCUGCCCUUUACUCCAUUCGGUGGUACCGGGCUGAGAUAGAGUUCUACAGAUACGUCCCGAGGGAGAUGCCACCGUACAUGAUUUUCCCGCUGCCCGGAGCGUCGGUUGAUCUAGCUCAGUCUGAUCACCAACAAGUCCGAAUUGUGAACCUUAACCGGCGACUAAGUGGUGACUAUCAGUGCGAGGUGUCUGCCGACGCACCACUCUUUCAUACUGACAUACGAUCUGCGCCAUUAACUGUUGUUGAUCCGCCGUUCCGGGCGCCUCGGAUCACAGUUGCACAAAGAAGCUAUUCCCGGGGUGACAUCAUUCGUGCCAACUGCUCCGUUGAUGAAGCAUAUCCUGCUCCCAACAUCACGUGGAUACUUGAUGACCAUAAGAUAGCAGAGACCAUAUCAUGGCGGUCAUCAGUCAAUGACUUCAAGGAACGGGGAGCCUUCAGCCAUCUGGAGCUGACGCUAUUGGAAAACCAGCAGUACCAGGUGGGAUUGACGUACACCAGCGCAGGCCUGCAUCGGGUGUAUCAGGACCAUGCCGUAUAUGGACAGCAGAAUGAUGAUUUAAAUGUUGUCAGAUACACAUUGGUACCUCCGGAUAGUAGUCAGUUCACCUUGGGAUGUGUGGCGACUAUUUUUGACAUCUACGCGCGACAGAGCGAGCCCGUCUAUAUUAAAGAAGAUACCCCCCAUCCCGCUUCAGUCACGGGAGAAGACUCCUCAGGUGCCAAAAUUACAAGCAACCUCUUGUUCACAUCGCUCUGGACCAUGCUAUUGGUGCAAUCGUUAUGAUUACUGCAUCCAUGAAGAAACUCAGUCGAUUUCAUGUUGUGAUAGUUGUACGACCGUGAAGAAAACCUUUAAAACCAUUUCCAUGUACAGCGUCAUUCGAUAAUAAACCAUUAAAACAUUUUUGUAGCGCUGAAUAUUUUUUUUUUAAGAAUAAUUUUAAAAUUUAUUUGUUAAAAUGUAUGUUGAGUUUCGGUAUUUGUACGACGCUGUACAAUUUGUGCCAAACUAUUUUUGUUUAGUUUGAGGCCAUAAUUUAAUUGGCUAUGAGUCCAGUUUCAAAUAGAUUCUUGUUUUCAUAAUACAUAUACUCGAAAUUAAAUUCGCAAACAAAAUGUGAUAAUAAUAGAAAAUAUAAAUCACAAUGAAUAGUAGCAACUAACUUAGAUCGUUAAUAUUUUAUAAAAUCCUUUGUUUUAAUAGAAUUAGAAGCCAAUUAAGUAAUUUUGAUAUUACGCAACACAUU